GGGCGGGGUUCGUUGAGGCAAGAGGAGGUGAGGUGCUCUUUCCCCAUCCUUCCCCCAUCAACCGUACUCCCCUUACCUACCUCAGCUGCUUCGCCCUUGCCUCUUCUCCAACCCAACUCCCCCAACCCGCGUGACCAGGCCCCAGUCCGUGAUAGCUCUUCUGUCACCCUUUCUGUGUCCUCCAGGCUUUCUCUAACUUUUCUGCUGUCUCUCUCCUGCCUUUUUUUUCUCGACCAUCUUUGUCCACUUUUUCCUUGGUACCUUCUCCACCCUAGAAUUUCUCUCAUGUCUAAAAUCCCUUUUUGGUUUACCAGAUCCCUCCAGUUUCAUGAUUCCUUCCCUAUCCUUCAUCUUUUAGCUAUUUCCUCACUUCCCUGUUCCCUGGAACUCUUCCUGUAGUGCCUGACAAAUUUUCCACUCAGCGUGACUCCCCUGAUUUUACUUCUUGUCUAUGACUUCUUGUCUGACCAAGCCUUUAACAAUCCCUCUCCUCACACUCACUUUUCCUCAUCUUGUCACUCUAAAUAGUACUCCCACUUCACUCCAAACCACCUCUUCUUCUCACUACUCACUUUUAAGUCCCUGACUUACCUGCGUGCUGAUGACCAACUACCCUAACUUUAUCUUCCAGGACACAAUGGACCCCCGGGGGCCAGCCCCCCAGCCUUUCCAGAGGUCUGAGAAACCUGGUCGGGUCCGCCGUCGGAAGACCAGGCGGGAGCGUAAUGAGGCCCUGGUGGGCAGCCGCCGGCCAUUGGCCCAUCAGGACCCUCCUGUGGCCAGUCGGAACACACCUUUAGCCGUCCGGGAUCCUCUGGCCCCUAAUGCCCCCAAAUUCAUGGUCAUAGCCCAGGGCCGGCUGAGCCGGAAGCACCGGGGUCUCUUCAACCACGAGGUUAAGUCUUUGGAUGUGGGACGGCUGCUUAGCAGUGGAUCCCUGGAUCCAGGCACCCCCAUACUCUCCACCAAGCGUUCUCCAAGCCCAGAGAGGGCCCAAGAACCAACUCCACCGCCGAGGGGCAAGGAGAACCAGGUGCCUGGAGGCUCGGGCCCAGGCCCAUCUAGUACCCCCAAGCUCCCUGACUUGGGGCAGCUGCUGGGGGAGCUGCAGUGCCAACUGAUUCUGCCACAGGCCUUCCCCAGGAGGAACCUAGUGCAAGAGGCCAGGGAUGCCAUCGUGGGUAACUUACAGGCCUGCCAUGGCUGUGUGCCGGACCUUACUCUGGUGCUCCAGCCACCCUUGUCAGCAACCAAGCCUGGGGGCCCUGAGAAACGAAGGAUGACACCCUCCUGGAUCAACAUCCCUGAGCAGGCCCCAGGAGAGGAGAGGCAGAGGAGGCGACAGGAGACAGAGGAAUUCACCUUUGCCAUGCCUCAUACCUCCAGCACUCCCACUACACACAGGGAAGGCCUGGCACCACCAAAAGGCCCCUGGCCGCCCUUAUUACCCUCGUUACCUUCACCAUCUGGAGCGGCCUGGGGCCCCCCAACAGCCUUUGACCUGUUGAAAAGCAUCUGGCUGGUAGCCACACCACCCCCUCCCCGGCCCUGGGGGGUUGGCACACAACAGCCCCUGCCUCAGCCGCCAUCACCCUUGUUUCCCCGAACCUCUGCCCUGGACUGGAGCCCCAAACCCCCCACCCCUCAGCCCAGCCUCUCCUGGGUGGUAGCCCAGAGCAGCCCAGAGGCCUGGUCCUUUCCACCCAUGAGACUGUACUGAGGGGCUAAUGCUAGGCUGGGGGCAGGAAUCCCGCACUCCCAAUCACCUCAAUAAAGUACCUUCUUCAUGGUCAUCUCGA